UAAUUUUUCUACCCUUAUUUAAUAUCUCAUUUUUUUUAUUAUAUCAUUAACAUAUACCAAUUGGAGUAGAAAUUGUAGAGAGAGAGAGAACAAAAAGGGGGGACGCGAAUAACAGAAAACGGAAUGGGUUCUAUGAACAUAUCCACUCCGGUUCCACUGACCGCCUUUGGCCGGAAUCCAACCAGCUAUUUACCCCGGCGGCGACCCAACUCAGUUUGUUUCCUUGCAAAUUCGCCACCAGAAUCUCCUCCCAAAAUAGAGCUCGAGUUCAUUGGGCCGAAAGCGGAUGGUGAGGGAUCAUAUCCGGUGGAUAAAGCGAAAGAAAUAAGCGGAGCGAAGCUGCUGAGGAACGUGAUGUUGGAUAACAAGAUUGAGCUUUAUGCCACCUAUGGGAAGUUGAUGAACUGCGGGGGAGGGGGUAGCUGCGGAACUUGCAUUGUCGAGAUCAUUAAAGGAAAUGAUCUUUUAAAUGAAAGGACAAAUACUGAACUAAGAUACCUUAAGAAGAAACCUGAAUCUUGGAGGCUAGCUUGUCAAACUAUUGUUGGGAAUAAAGAAAACUCUGGCAAGGUUGUUGUUCAAAGGAUUCCUCAAUGGAAGAAGUAACAUACCUAGCCAAGUAGCACAUCCUGGAUUUUAUCUAGUUUGCAUCAUUAAUUUAUGAAAACUCUUGCUUUCAUUUAAUGAAAGCUAGCUGAUAUAUAUAUGUAUAAUGUAUAAUUUUCCUAACAUGUUUUGUAAUGCUGCUUACCACUUGGUUUCUAUUCUAGGGUACAAAUCUUUGUAUGAUAUUAUAAUAUAUACCAUGUGUGCUCUAUACUAGAAAUUACACACAAUGUUAUGUUGGAGAAUUUAUUAAGCAAAAGUGGUAUGUGGCCAUGGAGAACAGAGCAAAGGGAAGUCACUUGCAAGAUUCUAUUAUUGGUGAUGUUUUGUUUUGCACCUUUGAAUUAUGUUUUGUUUUGGUGAUGUUCCCUCCCUAUGCUACAAGCUUAACAACCAAGUAAUGUCUUUAGUUUUCUUGUUUUU